UGAGGCCAGUGCCAUUCCACCGGGGACAAUGACAUAUGAAACAAGGUUCAAGGUGGUCCUCCUUGUUAUACCCGUGUGCCACAGCUAUGGUCACAUAAUGCUUCAUCUCUGUCUUCAAUUUGGUGGCACUACUGUUUUCGUCCAAAGAUUCAGCGCCAGAAAAUUUCUUCAGACUAUUCAGAAUUUCAAGGUGACAUAUUGCCCAAUUGUUCCCCACCUGGCCAAGUCUCUGGCAGAGAUGCCGUUCCUGAAACACUACGACAUCUCCUCCAUGUAAGCUUCAAUUCUUCUGGCGCCCUGCUACCAACUGCCACAGUCACCUCCUUCGAGGA